UGCAUGAUUUGUUGAAAUAUAACAAAAUAUGACAGAACUACACGUGUUUGAAGUUGAAAGAGUCAAAUUACCACAAAAAUUACCACAUCCAUACAUUAUAUUACCACAUCAAUACCUUAAAAUCACUGGUAAAACUAAUAGAUUUAGCACACACAAAGCAAAAACAUCAUCAAUGUAUGUUCAACUUUUUUUCCUUUUGUUUGAUUGGCAUUGAGACAGACUGCUUAAAAUCUAAGUGAUCUAAUAUAAUGUUACACAUCAGAUAUUUUUACCCAGCAGUUAACCAAACAUUUACUUAAGACAUAACAGAUUAUAGAGCCUACCUGCGUGAAUUCUUAUCAAAACAGAUAUUUGUAAAACUGUAAUUUUGUGUAGAUGUCUAUAUAUAUCCGGGUCGCGCACUCGCGCGUCUGUGUGCACGCGCUUCAGAUGUCAGUCAGUCAGACUCAGCGUGAGGGGAUCGCUUUUGAGUCUUGUCGCUCUUAAUAACUCUUUAACAUUAAUCAGGUCUCCUCGUUAAAUUUUCUAAGAUGGUGGCACUGAACCUGAAGCAGCCGUACUGCAUGUACAUAUUUGCGUAUCUUUGGCUGGUGACUCUUGCUGUAAUAAAUGCAAAGGCUAUGUUACAACCCAAGCCCGAUGAGAUUGGGACUCUGAAUGAAGAAUCUGAAAGAGCACCCAGAGUUUUGACAGCCAUGUCAUCAGAGCAAAACGAAAUAGCAGCCCUAGGAAGACCUCUGUUUCCUGGUAUGCUGUACGACUUGCGCAGCGAUUCCUUCAUUCCAGGUGUUACUCUGUGGGAUAUGACAUCACUUAGGGAAGACUUGGACAUCCAUCCACAGCCCAAUACAUUUACGAAGUUUAGUAGCUCUGACACUGUCUCUAGCAAGUUCAGUCUCCUGGAUGUAAGUGCUUCCCUAAAGACCAGUUUCUUGGGGGGGCUGGUGGAGGUGGGAGGAUCUGCCAAGUACCUGCGUGACACCAAAUCCUCAAAUCAACAGUCCAGAGUUACAAUGUAUUACAGCGAAAGCACAAGAUUUGAACAGCUAACUAUGAAGCAUCUGGGCAAGAUCACCUACCCUGAGUUGUUUAACCAAAAAUCAGCAACUCAUGUGGUCACGGCUGUGCUGUAUGGAGCUCAGGCAUUCAUGGUGUUUGAUCGGACAUUUUCAGAACAUGAAGACAAGCAGACGAUUGAGGCAGAACUGAAUGCCGCUGUCAAUAAUAUCCCUACAUUUUCUGCUGAGCUAAGCACAGGCUUGAAAAUGUCAUCUGAUGAAAGGAUAAUGGCUGAGAAGAUCACCUGCGCAUUUCAUGGUGACUUCUGCCUUAAAAAGAACCCCACCACAUACAUGGAGGCCCUGGAAGUGUACAUAGAGCUCCCCACUUUGCUGAAGAAUCAUCCAGAGAAUGCAGUUCCAAUAAAAGUCUGGCUCUAUCCUCUUUAUCUUUUGAACGCAACAGCAGCUCGGGUAGAGAGAGAAAUUAGUCCAAAUCUGGCUUUCAAAAUUGAAGAUAUAAUGGAGCAGCUGAGAGAGGCAGAGAGGACAUACCAUGACCUGUCAGGAAACACACUAGUAAACAGUUUCACAGACAUUAAAGAUAGGCUACGCUCAUUUCAUGAGUCGUUUAGGAACUACAAGGAAAUGCUACUGAGAGCCAUCAGCAGGGUCUUGCCAGCUAUUCGAGGAGGAGAGAUGGAGGAGAAGUCUCUGGAAGACAUCCUGAAGAUCCACAGGAGCUCCCCAUUUGAUUUUGACAUGCUUAACCAGUGGUUAAAUGAUGCAAAGUUUGAACUUCAAAUCUUGAGUUCUGUUACCAAGUCACUGGAAGGGAUUCCAAUUGUAGAAUCAGCCAGUCUCAACAGCGUCCUUAUUAAUUCUGAUUAUGAUCCAGUGUGGUGCUAUACAUUCACGUCUUUGAAGUAUGAAGACCCAUAUCUUUCAGCAUUGAAGGAGUUCCUAAAUACUGACAGGUUUAAAGAGCCAUAUGGGGAACAAAACACGGUUUCUGUGGCAUCUGUCAAAAAGUGGUUUAAGGAUGAGAAUAAUAUCGAAAGAAUUAAUUCUAACGUCAAUUACUUAAAAAUUAUGCUAAAACUGGCCAAGAUGGCUCAGAUAAAAAAUAUCCAUACGAUCAUUUCUGCAAUCUCUGAUCCCGCCAUUUCAGGCUCCUCCAUCUAUGUGUAUGUACAUGGGAAACUACAGACGAAACGUUAGAUACACUGCUAAACCUGAGCACAGAUUUAUUAACCUGGCAACUAUUAUAUUGUCUUUUUUAAUAUAAAUGCACCUCUAUGUCCUCAGUAAAUGGAGGCGUUGCCGAGUCAUUUAAAUAAAAAAUGUCUGAAUGCAAUCAAAUCAAUCAAAUAUGAACUCAGAAUAAAAUGCUGUAUCAAAGA